UGUUGUAAGGUUCCAGAAUUUGACGGCGCUGGACUCGGUACCGCAGCAGAUACGCACAGUACACAGUACGGACACGGCUCGGGAGAAUGACAUUUAAAAUCCGUGACUGAGGGCACGACGACGACGACGACGUCGACGAAGAAGAGGCGAAGUAAGAAGAAGGAAGAGCGAACGGGGUUAACAACACGUUGACAGUCUCAAACGGCCCGUCACAUGGGGCAUUGAGCCACCACCACCACGUUGUGCGAGGACACCGUUCGAGAAGCGCAGCGAUCAUGGAUCUCGACAACGAUCUGGACCAGCACUUGCUGCACCAGUUCAGCUGCCUGGGCACCACGGACAAAGACGACCUGGUGAAGCAGCUGCAGAAGCUGCUGGCCGACAGCCACCUCAAUGAGACCACCGCCGCGUUUUUCCUCGAUAUGAACAAUUGGAAUCUGCAAGCGGCGAUUUGUAGCUACAUUGAUUUCGGGAAUCCCUUCAAUACACCGUGCAUGACGUUGAUAUGCGACAGCACGAUCGGCGAGGGAGAGGCUGUGCCGCCCAACACAAACUUUCAGAAGUCGUGGCGCGUGCAGAACAGUGGCACCGAGGCGUGGCCCAGCGGGAUCCACCUGCAGCAUUCCAGCGGCGUGCAAAUGGGCUGCGCGCGGAUACCCGUUCCACCGCUGGCCCCCAAAGAGACCACGGAGUUGAGCGUGACGUUGAAAAGCCCGGCCGAAACCGGCGUUCAUCAGAGUAAAUGGAGAAUGAUGACGUCGAACGGCGUCUACUUCGGUGAUGUUAUCUGGGUGAUCAUAACGGUGAACGAAUGCGGCACAUUGGCGGUUACUCAACAGUUGCAUCAGUUAAGUACACAGUCCAAUGAUGUACAAAUGUGCUAGCCUUUGACGUACAAAAGUCUCCCCUAAGAAAGAUUUACGGAAUAUUGUAUAAGACGUCUCUCUCUCGGAUCGUUGUGAGAAUCGACAAUUGUUUCUAAAUUUUGUAUAGAUCGCUUUUUCACAACGGAGCUUUUUGCUGCUCCUGCACCUCGUAAAAAAAAGAGAAAUUGCUGUGUAGCAAAAAUAUACUAUUAAUAAAUGAUGCAAUAGACUUGGC